UAAUCUUUAGUCUCAAAAUUUGUACUACAGUCUGCAGCUUUUCCCUUCGCUCCUUCUUGUUUUUGGUCGAGCUCUUUUGGAAGGAGAAAGCGAAUGAAUUUUUACCCUUUAUGUGCUCGUGUGAGUGUAUCAUUGGCAGCCAAAGCGGCAAUACUUAUUUCAUGUGCUACUCUUUUUUAUUCGAGCGAUAUUCUAACUUAACCAAAAUUACACUGGUGCAAUUCAAACUUUGAAGUCACAUUGUUUUAGCCAAAUUGCUUCUGUCCAAGCCUAUCGUAUGCCGAAAUGUUUAAUCCCACACAAAUAUAAAACUCAUUUAAACUACAUCUUCCCACAAACAGAAGCACAUUUUACAGAUUUUGGAAGUCUGCAUGUUUUCAUGCUUAUGAAUUAUAAAACUCAAACCCCUUAAAAGAAGACCAUUCCAAAUUGACAAGUCAGAAGAAGAAAAGCUCAUUCCAUUUGAUCUCCACCAUGGAAGACUCACCAUACGGUUCGAGAAGGCGAGAUGAGCCGGAGUUCAACCUGAGAGAGUGGGCUGUGAAGGCCAGAAUCAGCCGCGAAAACCCGAAGUCUAGAAGGUUUUCGGCUUCUUACAUUCGAAGCUUCAGAGAGGACACAAGGUCUUUCAGAUCAAACAUUACAAUCUCCAGCACUGCUUCUUCCCCUGGCUAUAACUUAAGAGAUGAAAUCGACCCAGCAACGUACUCAUUCACCACAGCCCUCAAAGCGUUGCAGGCAAGGUCCGCUCAUCACAGUUGGGAAACGUCAUCACCGGAAGGGUUUGCUUUGAAUUCAAAGUGGAACGAAGCAGAGAAAUACAUAUGCAACCCUCUAUCAGGGCAGGUUCCAAUGGAGUGUUUAUCUGCAAAAACACUUAGCGGAAGAUCGUUUCGAAACGUAACGAAUCGAAUCACAAUGUCUGCACCUCUUGUUUACUCUUCCCACUCGAGACCAAUCCAUACAAGCAACAUUGCCAAGCCUUUUUCUAAUCCUACAAAAGAAGAUUUGGCUCGUCAAUUUCCAAUUCCAGAGAAGCAAAUAGAUGGAAUGAGAGAUGUGGGAACUCAAAGCACUCCUCCUGAUUUGAGUUCAAGUAGUUGUCCUAGCUCUACUUCAACCCCUCCGAUCGUAGUGAGAUCGUCAAAUCGAUUUCGAGGAGGAGAUUCGUCUAAAACAAGUGCAAAAUCAAAAUCUGAUGAAGAGGUGGAAGUGAAAGAUACAAAAGAAGAAACAAAAAGAGAAAAGGAAAAGCAGAAGUGCAGGCUAGGUGGGUGCUUCCCAUGGAUGAGAAAAAGGUACAGAGAGAAACAUAGACCAAAAAACAAGAAGAAUAACUUUCUUUCUCAUCUGAAUCUCAAAGGGUUCUGAGAAAAUUAAAUUAUUAUCAGGAGCUGAAAUUAUUAAUAUGGUAAAAAACGAAGAAAGAGAAGUGAAUAUUUGCAGGGUGAAAGCAGAGAUUCUCUGUGUCUUUUGAGAAAUCUUUUGCAGAGAGGAAGAAAAAAGAACAAUCCAUCAAUGUAUUAUUAUGUUUACGUUUUAUGUAGUAAUACUUUGAGGCACUGAUGAUGUUAACGUUUUGUUCUUGUUAUGUUCAAAUUGGCUGACAUCUUUGGGCUUCACUGUUGCUUUUUGUUUGUCCGCUUUUGAAUACGAAUCGAAAUAUGAAGAUCUUGGAGUAAAUACUU